CGAUGACCUGAGCUACGAUGAUGAUGAAGACUGGGCCAACCCAUGGGACUCCGAGAUGGCGAAUAACUCGGACAGCACCACCCCUGGGCCCAACACCAUCACCACCAGGCUCCCCGGAAACUACACCUGGAACAACGGAAGCAGCGGCAACGAGACCGACGGCAACUACACGGGAGGGUCCGAUUUGUCCAACGGCGAGGAUGGUUGGGAGAGUUUGAUCGAUGACAACGACUUCACCGCUGAGAGAAUCAGGGUAAAUAAGGGCUGUGACGGGUAUAUUGGGGUUAUGCUUCGAUUGGUAAGGAUUAUAGGGUGAAUGUUAGGGUUAUAGUUUGAUGGUUGGCGUUAUAAUUUGAUGGUUAGGGUUUAUGAUAUGAUAGGAUUAUAGUUUGAUGGGUAUGGCUGUAGUUUGAUUAUUAUGGUUAUAGUAUUAGAUAGUAGGGUUUCAGUUAGAUGGUUAGGGUUACAGUUAGAUGAUUAGGGUUACAGUUAGAUGGUUAGGGUUACAGUUAGAUGGUUAGGGUUACAGUUAGAUAGUUAAGGUUACAUUUUGAUAGUUAGGGUUACAGUUAGAUGGUUAGGGUUACAGUUAGAUAGUUAAGGUUACAGUUUGAUAGUUAGGUUUACAGUUAGAUGGUUAGGGUAACAGUUUGAUAGUUAAGGUAACAGUUUGAUAGUUAGGGUUACAGUUAGAUGGUUAGGGUUACAGUUAGAUAGUUAAGGUUACAGUUUGAUAGUUCGGGUUACAGUUAGAUGGUUAGGGUUAAAGUUAGAUCGUUAGGGUUACAGUUAGAUGGUUAGGGUUACAGUAGAUGGUUAGGGUUACAGUUAGAUGGUUAGGGUGACAGUUAGAUGGUUAGGGUUACAGUUAGAUAGAUAGGGUUACCGUUUGAUAGUUAAGGUUACAGUUUGAUAGUUAGGGUUACAGUUAGAUGUUUUGGGUUACAGUUAGAUGGUUAGGGUUACAGUUAGAUGGUUAGGGCUACAGUUAGAUGGUUAGGGUUACAGUUUGAUCGUUAGGGUUACAGUUAGAUGGUUAGGGUUACAGUUUGAUAGUUAGGGUUACAGUUUGAUAGUUAGGGCUACAAUUUGAGAAUAAACGUUAUACCUUGAAAAUUAGGUGGUGCUUGGGGCAUUAAACACUAUAUGGUGCUCAGGUGGUGCUUGGGGCAUUAAACACUUUAAGGUGCUCAGUUGGGGCUUUGGGAAAUUAACCACUUUAUGCUGCUCAAGUGGUGCUUGGGGCAUUUAAUACUUUAAGGUGCUCAGGUGGGUCUUUGGGACAUUAACCGCUUUUAUGUGCUGAGGUGCGACUUUCGUGCAAUAACCCCUUUAAGGUGCUCAAGUGGGGCUUUGGGGAAUUAACUACUUUAAGGUGCUCAGUUGGGGCUUAGGGGUAAUAACCACUUUAAGGUGGUCAGUUGGGGCUUAGGGGUAAUAACCACUUUAAGGUGGUCAGUUGGGGCUUAGGGGUAAUAACCACUUUAAGGUGGUCAGUUGGGGCUUAGGGGUAAUAACCACUUUAAGGUGGUCAGUUGUGGCUUAGGGGUAAUAACCACUUUAAGGUGCUCAGUUGGGGCUUAGGGGUAAUAACCACUUUAAGGUGAUCAGUUGGGGCUUAGGGGUAAUAACCACUUUAAGGUGGUCAGUUGGGGCUUAGGGGUAAUAACCACUUUAAGGUGGUCAGUUGGGGCUUAGGGGUAAUAACCACUUUAAGGUGCUCAGUUGGGGCUUAGGGGUAAUAACCACUUUAAGGUGGUCAGUUGGGGCUUAGGGGUAAUAACCACUUUAAGGUGGUCAGUUGGGGCUUAGGGGUAAUAACCACUUUAAGGUGCUUAAGUGGGACUUUGGGACAAUAACCACUUUAGGGUGCUCAGGAGGGCCGUCGGGCAAAAAGGUUGGGAUACACUGAUUGACCCCCAAAUGUAGUGUUUAGUUACUAUUUUGUGUCAUUAUUGAUUGAUUUGUUUUGUUAUUAAAGGAAAAGGUCGAGUGGUUCUCAGAACUCGACCAAAAAGAACAGCUGAAGUACGUCCUCCACGACCUUGUUGAUAUCAUGUGCAGGUCAGCCAGGCAGUACCUGUCUUUCGUCGGCCACUUCGAACAG